AUCUCUCAUAGAGAACAUUAUGUAAGGGAUCUUAGUUUAAUCCAUUCAACAAAUAUUUAAGCACUUAUUAUAGAGCCAGAUACUAUGUCAGGGACAGGGGAAACUACAUGAUUAUGAUUGCUGUUCUCGGGAAGCUCACGGGCUAGCAGGCAGGGUAAAAUUAAACCUACUGAUAUAACUGCUUAUACUUUUUUUCCUUUGUAUUAGCUACCAAAGCAGUCAAGUUCUUAAAUUUGCUUAAAUGUCUCUGGCUCAGAAUUCUUCCCCGUCCUUCCCUGACUCUCCAAUCUGAGACCUGAAGAGUAGGCAUCAACUAGAUUAAGAGAACAGGAGGAGAAACAGCUGAGCCUGUUGGAAAACCUGAAGAGAGACGCCAUGCCUGGGAUGAGAGCGGGACAGGAGACUGGAGAGGCAGACGCAUAACUAAUAUGACCUUCAUAAGACAUGAAGGCACAGGCAGUGCUGCCUUUCAUCCUCACUCUCAUACCAUUUCUGAGUGGAGAUCAAGGUAUACUCUUUUCAGUUUUCUCCAGUCAUUUUAGUGCUAUAAGUGAACAAACAGUCGUUGGAAGACUUUAUGAAGAUGUAAUUCUCCCUUGCUCCUUUGAGAGUGGCCCUGAAGUUGUAAUUCACUGGAAGAUUCAAGCUAGCCGAAAUGUUCACACUUACUACAAAGGCAGUGACCAUUUGGAAAAGCAAGGUCCCAGAUAUGCAAACAGGACAUCCCUCUUCCAUAGUGAAAUUCACAAUGGGAAUGCCUCUCUAUCUCUCAGAAAUUUAAGCCUUCAGGAUGAAGGAAAUUACAUCUGCUAUGUGGGGACAGCAUCUGGAAAAAUUGCAAACAAAGUAGUGCUAAUGGUGGGAGCUUUCCUCACACCAGUGAUGGAGUACAAAAAGGGGGACACAGAGAGUUACUUAACAUGCAGUGUGUUAAGUGUUUAUCCUCGUUCAACUAUCACGUGGCAAGUAGAUAACACACCGGUCCUUGAAAGCAUUAUGGAAGAAAUGGGGGUUUUGCCUCCUUUUUAUAAUAAAAGUAUGCUGAAUAUUACAGGAUCAAACGCAUCAUAUCAGUGUGUUAUUGAAAAUCCAUUGCUGGAGCAAACAUGGACAGGGCGAUGGAUGAUGGGAGGUCACAUUUACAAAAUGCAAAGUCAAGAUGUUUCACUCUCAUGUCAACUUGAAAACAAUUUUUUUCUACCGAAUCAAGACUUCAUAGUCACUUGGUCGAGAGUGGAAAGGUGGACUUCCUCAGUGCUGGCUUACUUUCUGAGUUCUUCAAGAAACAAAAUUAUCGAGAAACCACGGUUCUCAUGGAGCAAUGAGCUGAUAAACCAGAGUGAUUUCUCUUUAACUUUGACAGAUCUUAAUCCUUCAGACAAUGGGGAAUACUUAUGCAAUAUUUCUUCAAGCGACUAUACUUUCCUCACUGUCCGAACACUGCAUGUAGAACAGGAUUCUCAGAAAAUUGUUAUUCUGAUUUUGGUGACUAUGGUGAUUUUGAUUUUGAUGGCUUUUGUGAUAAUUUGCCUGGUCUCUAAGUUAAGAAGAGGCACCAAUUCCAGCAGAGAAAGAUGUGUCUCUACUGAUGAACCUGGUAGCAGUACUGAUAAUGAAGAAGAAAGCAUGUCCCUUCAGAAUGUGGACCAGGAAAGAAAAUGAAGACAGAACUGUGACAACACGAUAAGCAUUCUUAAUAUCUGAUGACUUCAUCCCUCCUUCUUCACUGCUAUUCCAGCCAAUGGCUUGUCAAGACCUGACAAUUCUACCACUGCAAAGAUUUGUAACCAAACUGUUUUUUUAUACUUUAUUUAUCAAAAAAUUAAAUAAAGGGCAUUUCAAACAAAAGAAACGAAUAAGAAAAACAAAUAACCUAAAAUAAUUACAUUGCUUCCAACAUGUUCCUACCAUGACCAAGAAAAGUUACAAACUGUACAUCAUCAUUGCUGAGCAUUCCCAUAACAUUAAGAUAACCCUCAAUAGCUUAUCUCUUCUUAUUAGAUUGUUAUUCCCCCUUCACAAGCUGCUAUCUCUAGGUUACCUACGUUCUACAAUAUAAAACAUUAAUUUUACAUUUCUCACAGAGUUCCCAUUAGAGGUAACCAAACUAUUUUGCAGUUUGCUACAUUCAAACAUUGAGACCUAAGCACCAUUCACUGACAACCCUACCCACAUAAAAAUGAUAAAUGACUGGAUACUAAGGAUUCCAAUUCAAGGAGAAAAGAACCAUCUUAUUCAUUUGUAUUCCUGUUGCAUUCAGCACAGGAGGCUAGAGGAGAAUCCCAAGAGCAGAUUUAAAAAUGGAUCAACUUGAAUGUAUAACUAUGUAAUGGUACUGUGAACAAUCAAAUGUAUGAUUUGUUUUGUAUGACUACGUGGUAUGUGAAUAUAUCUCAAUAAAAUGAAUAUUAAAAAAAAUAGUUACACAUUAAAAUGACCUUUACCCUUAACCAAAAAACAACAACAACAACAACAACAACAAAAAAAAAACGGAAAAACUGAUGAUGGAAGAGAGCUGGUAGGAGCUGAAGUCAUCAUAGUGAGAAGGUAAAAACCCAGGGCCUGGAAAUUGAGGCUAUUGCUUAAUAAAUUAUUGCCCACUAGUUUUAUAUGAAUGGUUAUCAGCUUAACCAACUAUAUUUAUUAGGGUGGAUCUUAGGGACCAAAAGAGCAAGAAUGUCUUUAUCUCUAAAACUGCCUAUAGCAAAAUGCCCUAUCAAGUAAAUUUGGUUUGCUUAGCAUCUCUCCAAGAACAGUUAUGCCUUUCUGAGUGACCCCAACCAUGAUGAUAAUUUGACUACCUCUUCUGGCUCUGUUGACAGUUACCUAAAUCAGCUUAUUAAUAAUUUAGGUUUCCAUGUAGUUUUACACAAAGAGAGAAUGGAAAGCCCAGCUGACCUGAUGCUAUGUACCCCUUAAUUUUA